AGAAACGAUGUGACAGUGUCAAACUAAUCCGUGUCUCUUCGGUUCAAUAUUGUGUUUCAUUCGAUGCGAAAGAAAUAAGUCGACAUGCCUCAGUUCCACGAAGCAUGGAAUGUGGAGAGGAUGCGCAAGGGCAUCAAAGCAAAACGCGCAACUGGCCGAGCAAGGAGUCACACAGACUCGGACGCAGCAUUCCUGCGAUCUUCAGGUGAUGCAGACGCUGAAAGCGCUUUACCUGCUCAGUUCCGCGUUCGUCUCCACUCGUUGUUCCAUCAAAUUGAAAAAGAGUUCGAGUCUCUGUACCUGGAAAAUCUUGCACUAUCGGAAAGAAACGAGCUUCUGGAGAAAGAAAGUGCGAGUGGCGAUCAGAGAACUUCCAUUACGACGUCGGAUGUUGAUCAUCCCAAGGGAAAAGUUGGUCAGGUGCAGAAGAUCAAGCCGGCUCAAAAAUUGAAAGUACAAACGAGCAGGAUCGUUUCAAGUUUUCGAGCACCUUUGGUUACUUGUUCCCUGGUUGCUGAAUUUCUUGGACAUCGUGAUGGCGUGUGGGAUGUGGCGACUUCGAAAACCGCUCCCAUCAUAGCAACGGCAUCAGCUGACUUCCCUUCAAUAGAUCAGAAAGCGUACAUUUGGCAUGCAGAGACCACGAAACUGUUGUCGCAGUAUGUUGGUCACUCUGGAUCAGUCAACUCAGUGGUUUUCCAUCCGACGCAAGAUCUCGUUUUGUCCGCGAGUGGCGACCAAACUGCGCAGAUUUGGCGACCAUCUAUUAAUUCUGAGCAAAGAAACAUUGGACAACAAGCUUCCUCGGAAGAAGAACUUGAUGAGGAUUCUGGCCAGUUGUUCGCCGGUGGCUCGAUGAACGCAACUGCGGUGGAACAGGAUUCCGAAGAUCCCCGAGGGUCGAAGAUUUUAUUUUGCUGCCGUAUUACGGGACAUUCUGGAGUUGUGAUAGCCGCAGAUUGGCUACCAGGGUCAGGUCGCAUCAUUACUGCUUCCUGGGAUCGCACUGCGAACUUGUACGACACAGAAACUGGCGACCUGAUUCUUUCGCUUCCUGGACACGAUGCGGAGUUGACGUAUGUUUGCAGUCAUCCAACGCAUCAGAUGGCAGUGACUUGUUCCAAAGAUACCACAUUUAGGCUGUGGGAUUUCCGUGACCCGUUCCACUCCGUGUCUGUUUUCCAGGGUCAUACUGAACCGGUGACGUCAGCUGUUCUGUUGAAAGACGAUCGAGCCGUGUCGGGCUCGGAUGACAGGACUGUGAAAGUUUGGGAUCUAAGGAACAUGCGCUCGCCACAGGCCGCCAUUCAGCUCGAUUCCCCGGCCAACAGGUUGGCCGUUAGUUCUACGGGAGUCAUCGCAAUACCUCACGACAACCGGCACAUUCGAUUGUAUGACGUCUCGGGACAACGACUCGCUCGACUGCCGAGAAGCAGUCGCCAGGGCCACCGAAGGAUGGUUUGUGCCGCGGCUUGGGCUCCUCCAGAAUUGUCCUGCACGGCAAAUCUCUUCACGUGUGGCUUUGACCGAAGAGUGAUUGGUUGGAAAGUUGUAUCAGCCAAGGAAACCAAGGACUGAUUCUUCGAAGUUGAAAUACGCCCUCAAAGUCACAUCUGAUUUCAAAUGGCGCUCUCCCUGAGCUAUCACAUCAUGAUAACUACGUCAUUCGAGGGUUUAAAUGAAUGUAAAAGUAAGAAGAGGAAAUUCCCUUAAGGAAAAUCAAGGAAAUUCGUCGCGUACGUCAUGCCGACGGAUUUUACUCGGCGCGCUUCAGACGUUGUCUGUCUACCGGUGUUGGCAAGUUACGGUUUUAUGGAACGGAGUAUGUGAUGGUCGCAUAGAAUAAAUGCACUCGUACUUGCAUUCCUUCCCUUGGUGAGGCUCUGUUUGGGGUGAAGGAUACUUCGAAGGAAAAAUAUGUCAGAUGGCGGCGGAUUAUCACUUUUGCGUGGGGUGUCCAAGAAGUUGUUGUGUGGUGGAGAAUUCAGUUUCUCCUUGUGCGUUUCAGAUCUGGGAUAAACCGCAUGCGGAAUUUCAUAAACAUUUUUGGUGACAUUUGUCACAAAGAUAGGAUUCCUUGAAACAUAUUAAGCCAAAAAAAUUCUUCGUUAAUUUAUGGAAAAUCAGCUUUUUGCGUAACACGAAGAACCCGUGUGCAGUCGGUUUUUGCAGUGUACUAAAUAUAAGUUGGCAAAACCCAUAUUUCGGAUUGCGAAUUGUCCACCGCCCAGCAACUUUUUUUGACACCCUAUAUUUCUCUUAAUUUUGAAUUAUUUGCGUUGUUUCGAGACGUAUUCGAGUCUCAGCCAAAGUGAACUACAACGGGGAAAAAAGCCUUCGGAAAAAUGUUUUUUUCGCUACAUCCUUAAAUAGGCACCCAGAAAAAAGGGAGUGACUUUUUAUAUUUUCAGUGGUUCGUUGAAGUUUGUUUUUGUUUUACGGAGCACAUCCGAAAAUUAGCUCAGAAAGCCUUUCGAAGCGUAUCAUUGAGAGUUUUGAUGAGGAUGCCCAAGUAUGCAUUAGUUGGACUGGUGAUUGCUUUAUUAUUUUCCCCGGAUAAAGAGAAUCGUUGAGUGAAUGUGUUCAUCGUUCGGCGGAAAUGAAGAGAAUGAUCCCAUUUUUGCGUAUUUCUGUUCAAA